AUGGCAGACCAUACCGCUCAUGUCAUUGUGCGUGACCCGGAAAAAGAGCAUGAAGAACGGCUGCGUUCCAUCCGUAAUUAUCAGUAUGUUUCAGCGGAGCAGAGUCCAAACCAUGCCUUCUGCGCUCGAUGUAAACUCAUCAACUUUGAAGCCAUCUUCAAAUUACUGGAGACCCAGUCAGACUCACAAGAGACUGCGGUCGCUGACAUUGGCAACCUCAAUCGGACGAUGUUAACUGCGACUUGCCCCUGCUGUGUCUUUUGUGCACAAAUUGUCUUCCUCAACAAGCCGCAAUAUCCUUUCGACGAGGUUAGUAGAGCCUACAUCGAGGCACGGUCUUGCAGGAAGGACGCAAACAAUCAAGAUGGAACGAACCAAGGGCCCUGUGGCUCCUAUCACAAACGUUUGAAGCUCCGUUGGUCUGGCCCAAAUUUAGGACCAUUUGACAAUUGGAGAACUGGACCUAUAUCAGAACACCUCAUCUUUCCAUCUGGCCAGAAGACAGGUAGUGCAUGGGCUUUUGGAAACACCACAGCAAAGGCACGACAUAUUGAUCCGAACACCAUCGAAUAUGGCCACAUCGUUGAUUGCCUGCGACAAUGUCGGUCUAGCCACACAAGUUGCACGAAACUAGACCCUGAAUUGACUGUCAAGACAAGGUUGAUCAAUUGCCGGACAAACCCUCCAACCCUUAUCGAUGGCUCGACGGACAUGGAUUAUUUUGCGUUGAGCUAUUGCUGGGGCCUUGCGCAGCCUGGUGUGACAAGAAAAGCGUAUACAGCAGUCGGAGCCUUGGAGGUAGCAUUGCUGCCCCAGACAAUAAGAGAUGCCAUUGUUGCUACUCAUAAACUGGGGUGUGAUUAUUUAUGGGUUGACGCAAUCUGUAUCGAUCAAGACGAUGCAAUCUCCAAACAGGUCCUUAUCAACAAGAUGGACUAUCUGUACAACAAGGCAGGCCUUGUCCUCGUUGCUCUGGGAGACGAUUCGCAAACAGGCCUUCCUGGAAUCUCGACACCCAGGUGCACACAACCUGCUCUCAGAGUCGGUGACACCAAACUAGUCUCGAACAUGUCUGAACUGCGCGGGCUGUUACAAGGCUCUAGGUGGAGUAGUCGAGGCUGGACAUAUCAAGAGGCGCUACUGGCUCGCAGGUGUCUUUUCUUCACUUCUGAGCAGUGGCAUUUUGUGUGUAAAGCUUCAUCAGCUUAUGAGACUUUGGUGGAAGAUCUGCCAAAAUUUGACGACUGCCGAUUGGAUCUUUAUGCAUUACGGUCGACGCUGUUUCGGACAGGAGCAACCAAUGCGCAUGAUCUCGAGAUUACCGAAGAUAUUCGGGAAUAUACAAUCAGGGACUUGUCAUUGGACGCUGACUUUCUCAACGCAUUUCGGGGAAUUUUGCGUAGGAGUGGGUUACAUUCUUUGUGUGGAGUUGCCGCAUUGAAACCAAAGAACUGCCAUUUUGUACAUCAGGACCUCGAAAGCGGAUUUGCUCUGGGACUCUAUUGGGCUGCUCAAGAUCGCCAUUUAGAGACGACAGCAGGUCCAGGCCCUCCGCGCACUACCCGUCGCCCUGGCUUUCCCACAUGGUCGUGGCUAUCGUCACGCGGUGUGAUUGAGAUGACUUGGAGUAAUCCCCAGGAUUUCAUAUCAAACUUCUCAGGGAUAGAUGUCCAUGCCUCCUUCAGCGUGCUGGACAAUGGUGGUAUCGCGACGCCUUUAGCCACCCUGUGGCAGAAGAGUGCCUCAGGGGGUCUCUUGGACAAAUUUCUGGAGUUACAACCGGGCCAGCAUCUUCAAAUUACCAGUUAUAUUGUCAAGGUCCGGUUCAUGAAACCGACUCAGGCCGUCAUGUUCCAAGAAUACUGGUUCGUCUUAGACGGUCCACUUGUGCUCUUCCCGGACGAUACUUGCAAUCCCUCCACCCACAAGCCGUCAGCGUUCUACUCAGCGACCUUGAAAAUCCCAACAGGGGAACCUCGAAAGAUUCACGACCAGGAAAGCAUUGGCUUUGACGUGGAAGCGUUCUCUGACCCCGGCCUCCGUGCGCGCAUCCUUGUGGACGAAUUCGAGUUAUUGUUAUUAGCUUCCCACGGGUAUGAAGAGCGACAAAUACACGGUCGCCGAUCCCAGUCAGCAGGGUAA